UUCUUCAUCCACCUUUCAGGCUUUCAGCAUCGCUGCUGCUCCGUGGGAAUGGCGUUUUCUUCCUCACUUUCCCGCUUAAACCUUAUCCCAAAACCUUCACUUCCUUACGCGCUGAAAGCUUUGCACUUCCACAAGUUAUUACGAGCCCAUUGGAUUGGACCAGCUCUAUCAUCUAAUGCUUCAACUCCCCGAUUUUCUGCUUUGAAAACCACAAGCUCUGCUGGAUUCCACACUCGGAUUUCAAGGCCACAAGACGACGAUUUGAUAGUUCUCGGCAUCGAAACCAGCUGCGAUGAUACCGCCGCUGCCAUUGUGAAGGGCAAUGGCGAAAUCCUUAGCCAAGUUAUAGCUUCUCAGGCAGAGCUGCUUGCUCGCUAUGGAGGCGUUGCUCCUAAAAUGGCAGAAGAAGCGCACGCACAAGUGAUUGACAAGGUGGUGCAGGAAACAAUGGAAAAGGCUAACUUAACAGAAAGGGAUUUAUCUGCAGUUGCUGUGACCAUUGGCCCUGGUUUGAGCCUCUGCCUCCGUGUUGGUGUGCAGAAGGCACGAAAAAUUGCUGGUAGCUCUAGUCUACCAAUUGUUGGGGUGCAUCACAUGGAAGCCCAUGCUCUGGUAGCUAGAUUAGUUGAACGGGAACUGCAAUUUCCUUUCAUGGCACUGCUCAUUUCUGGGGGACACAAUUUACUUGUUCUUGCGCAAGAUCUUGGCCAAUACAUACAACUUGGAACAACAAUAGAUGAUGCAAUUGGGGAGGCGUAUGACAAGACUGCCAAAUGGCUUGGUCUUGAUCUCAGGAAGAGUGGUGGGCCAGCUAUAGAGGAGCUUGCCAGAGAGGGGGAUCCAAAGUCGAUCAAGUUUUCUACUCCAAUGAAGCAACAUAAAGAUUGCAACUUCUCCUAUGCGGGGCUGAAGACCCAAGUCAGGCUGGCUAUUGAAUCCCGAAACAUUGACACAAAAAUUCCCCUGUCUUCUGCAAGCAUCCAAGACAGAAGUGUAAGGGCAGAUAUAGCUGCCUCCUUUCAGCGUGUUGCAGUGCUACAUCUAGAGGACAAAUGUGAACGAGCAAUUGAAUGGGCAUUGAAGAUUGAACCAUCCAUAAGACAUUUGGUUGUCUCAGGAGGUGUUGCAUCAAAUAAGUAUGUUAGGGCUCAACUUACAGCGGUUGCCAGGAAGAAAGGCCUGCAGCUUGUCUGCCCUCCUCCCAGUCUCUGCACUGAUAAUGGUGUAAUGGUGGCUUGGACGGGCCUUGAGCAUUUUCGCAUUGGGAGAUUUGAUCCUCCUCCACCAGCUGAUGAACCUGAAGAUACAAUGUAUGACGUGCGACCGAGAUGGCCAUUAGGAGAAGAAUACACCGAGGGAAGGAGUGCAGCUCGCUCACUAAGAACAGCCCGAAUCCAUCCAUCACUAACGUCUAUCAUCCAGGCAUCUCUACAGCAACAACAGUAGCUGUAGCUUCAGUUCCCAAAUUCCAACAAAAGGAAUUUGCAUUCUUCUGCAUCUCUUCUCUCCUUCCAUGUGCGACUUCUCGGGCAACAAACGGAAUCAUAACAGGAGCUCUAUGAAGCACCCGGGCCAUCAAUGCGGUACUUCCAAUGCUCAAUGCAUUUUGUUAACUUAUUGGGAGAUUUUGGUUGGUUUCAUGGGAUAUGCCAUCGAUACGUUGGAUUAUCUAUGUAAUGAUUCACCUGUAUCAUACUUACAACUAAGAAGACUGUCUCUUAUAUUUAUUACAGUUUGUAUCAUAUUCUCAUUUAUAAAAGAAAAACAGAGACCUCUUUUACA